AUGGCAGAUUCUCAAUGGGAAACGACAGAGGUAUUGAUCUGCGGAUGCGGACCAACGGGCGCAAUGUUAUCGGGAUAUUUGGGCAAACUCGGAGUUCGAAAUAUCGUUCUCGAGAAGGAAGCUGAUAUCACGACUGAUCCCCGGGGAAUUGCCCUGGAUGAUGACGGAAUUCGAUUUUUACAGGGCCUUGGCCUCUACGAGCAUGUUUUUACAAAGAUCGGCUCUAAUAUGCCCAAAGUCCGCUUCGUUGGUGGCAAUCACAAUAGUCUAAAUGCAGAGCCAUUUCUCUAUCUCGAUACAGCUUCGAGUGAAGGAAAUACAGGACACGUCGGAGUCCUCGCUCACAAACAACCAAUUCUCGAGAAAUACCUUCGCACUGUACUAGACAAAGCUCCCGAGUGCGAGCUACGAAGCAGCUGCGAGUUGACGUCCAUCUCCGAAGAUAAAGACUGGGUAUACGCUACGUACAACGAUGUCUCGGGCGUGGAACGAAAGAUACGUGCCAAGUUUCUCGCUGCUGCGGAUGGAAAGACGGGGUACACGCGGAAGAUGUAUCUCGAACCUAAGGGUAUUGAACUGAACUGGGCCGAGCAAACCAAGUACCAAGAAACUUGGGUCGCAUUGAACUGGCAUUUACAUCUUCCCACCCCAAAGACACACCCGAAAUUCCCAUUAUGGAAUCUUGGAUAUACUCCGGAGCAGGUAUACGAUCUGUUCUUCCCAAAUGACUUCCGUUUCCUUUGCAACCCUGUUCGACCUGCGGUCUGUGGACGGUUCGGUCGUCCGGAAGAUCGACUAUGGCGAUUUGAAUUUGUAGUUGCGCCUGGUGAGGAUGAGAAGGAGAUGGCUGGGCGAGAUAAAGUGCGCGAGGUGGUUUAUCCGUAUUUGACGCAUCCGGGGAGUCGUUAUGGAUUGAAAGAGGACGUCGAGUUUCCUGAAGACUGUAUUGAAGUCCUGCGCUCAAGACCUUUCCGGUUCUCUGCGCGAAGCUGCAAUAAAUGGGCGCUCGACAGGGUGAUUCUCUGUGGCGAUGCAGCUCAUGUCUUCCCCCCAUUUGGAGGACAAGGCAUCGCAUCUGGAUUCCGAGACGCCAUCUCCCUAGCCUGGCGUCUCUACAUCGCCUGUUCAUCCAGGCCACAAAUCAACUACGAACACCUCUUCGAAGGAUGGUACCUAGAACGAAAACAACAACUCGACAAAUCCCUCGCCGCAACGGUCCACAAUGGCGAUCUCGUCAACGGCAAAAGUCUGAUGCACAGCUUCAUCCGCAACUGGGGCCUCUGGUUCCUCCAACUCAUUCCUAGCUGGAAACAUUGGCUGGAGCAGGGACCCCGAGGCGAUGGACCAAUCCGAUACAUCCAUUCACCAGGGAUGCCCUUCAUGCCCGAAUACAGCGGUGGUCUAUGUUUCCCACAAACAUAUUGUAUCUCGCUGCAACCCCAUGCCGAGGUGCAUUUCACCGAUGAUGUAAUCUUCGGCGAAAAGGUGACCCCGUUUCAAAUCGUGGUACUCCUUAAUCAUCCCGAUGAGCGGGACAUUGCGGUUCGAGAAUUGGAGGAUAUCAAGGCCAGUACUCUUCUUUCACCGAGUGAAGCAACCUUUUUCGUCCCCCGCAGUAGUUGCACUUCUGAUCUCGGGGAUCGGGCGGGUACUUGUCAAUACCCGCUCUUCCGCAGCGCCACUGGGGACGAAUUCGCCCGGUCGGCGCUGUGUGAUUCCCGCCCGGUGCCGCGCGGAUACAACGAGAUGUUGAUGUGGGAGAGUGUUCAGGGGAAGAGAUAUGUGGUAUUGCGGUUAGAUCGGUUUAUUUUUGCGGCUUGUAAAGAUGGGGCUGAGCUGGCGAAGGCUGUUGCUCAGUUGAAUGGGAUGUUUGAGUCGUAG